AUCUGGCAACGCCAUGUGAUCUGUUUGCUCUUGCUGAUGUGUUGUGUUUUGUUUGUUGAUCGACCGUCGUUAAAUGGCAAAUUAUCUUUAAUUCCAUUACCAUGACUGCGAACUUCAAUGGGUUUAGCCACGACGAGAUCCUCAAGAUAACUGGCGUAAAGGAGGGCGGCGUGGUCAAAAAGCCUGCGAAUCUAGAUGCAGCUAAGCAGGCGCUCCGGAAUCAACCCGGCAUACGGCGGAUGCCUGAUAAGAUCUUCCGUCAGGCUGAUCAGUUGCGGAAGCAGCAGCAACAACAAAAGCAGCCAAUUCAAAAACCGGAUGAGGCGAAGAAGACCAAAUCGGGAACGGCGACUCCCACGGAAAAGCCACCAACUCCCACGGCCGAAGAUGACGUAGCCCAUGGAUCGCUGAAUUUAGAGCGAGCACUCUCCGAUUCAUUAAUGGACGCAUUAUACCAUGGAAAACCUUCAGCUAGAGAUAACAAACCCACUGCCACGUAUGCGGAUGCUGAGGCAACCACUUCCACCGACGACAGCUCAAUACUGAAGAUCAGCGGCGGUGACAGCCAGACCACCAGCUCUGCGGACGAUGCCAGCAUCUUGCCAAGUACAAAGGACUCCUCCUUGGGAGAGCGGCUUAACACGGACUCACCCUUUAAGGGAAUCUCGCUAAAGGAUUUCGAGCAGCAUCGACGCAUGAUCGAGGAACAGAACAAGCAGAAGAAGCAAAUGCUCUACCAGGCCAUCGAGCAGCACACCCAAAAAACGGCGGCGGAGUCUCGAAAGAUCGAGGAAAUCCGCCAUGAACUGUCGAAACUGGAGAGCGACCUUGCCGUGGACGUGGCCAUGCUGAGGAAGCAAAUCGACAAUGCCUGCAUACAUUUUUCCAAUGUAGAAAAACAAUAUGUCAAGAUCGAGGCCCAGUUCCUGCGAGCCAAAAUAGAGCUUCACAAUGCUUCCGAGAAGAAGGAGCUGCUUACCGAGCAUCUUUGCACUGUAAUUGCCCACAAUGAGGAUCGCAAGGCGCAGAAGCUAACGGAACUUAUGCAGAAAGUGGGCCUGGCGCCGACCGAUGAGCCACCUGCCACGCCCCCCAAUCCGAAUGUCAAUUAAGCCCAAUUAGAUUGUUCAAAUCGAAUAUUUAGCCCUGUUUCCCUAAAUUGACCAAGAAUUCAUAAGCUCGUCUAAAAAUUGUAUUUGUUCCAAAAUUGAUAUUAUAUUAAUGCUUAAUUUUAUAGCAAUCUUAAAAUGAAGCAGGGCUGAGUAAAUUAUUAGUGUUUGCAAUUAUAUGUAAUUAAAGUUCUAAGUUUAAGAAAAAAGUGCAACUUGCAAUAAAAUAUGUGUGUAUAUGUUGUGUAAAAAGAA